CUCUCUUUUGUCAUUUACCAUGUCCCACUAUCACGGCUCACAAUAUGCACCUUCUGAAGUAGAUCCUGAAGAUCAAACAUGGGAUGACUGGUCCAACGAUGAAGAAGAACAACAAGACUCACAAUGUUUAUUCUGUACUGACAUGUUUCCUCAAGUCAACAUGACAUUUGAACAUAUUAAACAAGUCCACGGUUUUGAUUUCAUUCAGGUCAGAAGAUCAUUGCAUCUCGACUUUUAUCAAUGCAUUCGUCUGAUCAACUACAUUCGUCAACAAGUGAAAUCCAAUCCUCAGUUAAGUGCGAUUGAUGUUCAAUUCACAGGCAAAGAAUCAUUUUGGAAAGAAGAUGCUUACUUGCAACCUGUGUUGGAAGACGAUGCCCUUCUUUUUGCUUUUGAUGAAUUAGACGCACCCGAGAUCAAUCCUUCUCAGAUGGAACCCACCACACCCCUUGAAAGACAUUUAGCUGGACUUGUUCAACAAGCGCAAGAACAAGCUGUAAAUCUACAAGGCCAAUUUGAAGCUUAUAAAUCAAGCGUAAAAAAGAGAUUUUAUGAACCUCUCGAGAAUCAAACAGAAGAACCCGUCGUGGACAACAGCAUCUAUUAUUUCAAUGGGUAUGCUCAUAACGAUAUCCAUGAACAAAUGUUGAAAGACAGAGCACGUACAGAAGCCUAUCGUGACUUUGUGUAUGAAAACAAAGACGUGUUUAAAGACAAGAUUGUGCUUGAUGUAGGUUGUGGUACGGGCAUCUUGUCCAUGUUUGCUGCCAAGGCAGGUGCCAAACAAGUCUUUUCGGUCGAUAAUUCAGCUAUCAUUGAAAAGGCCAAGCUAAAUGUGAAGGAAAACGAAUUGGAUCAUAUCAUUACUUGUAUUCGUGGCAAGAUUGAAGAGAUUCAAUUGCCUGUGCCUCAAGUCGAUAUUAUUAUUUCGGAAUGGAUGGGUUAUUUCUUGUUGUUUGAGGCCAUGUUGGACUCUGUCUUGGUGGCACGUGAUCGCUGGUUAGCUCCUCAGGGUAUCAUGGCACCUAGUCAGACACGUAUCUUGAUGGCAGCACUUGAAGAUGAAGAAUUCAAAAAUGACCAUAUUGAUUACUGGAAUGAUGUCUAUGGCUUCAAGAUGUCUGCCAUGAAGCCUACUUUGAAUGAAUCGAUUGUUGAUUUCAUCAAGCCUCAUUCGGUGGUCUCCAAUGUGGUCACUUUGUUAGAUUUACCUUUACAGACCAUUACGAUUCAAGAAUUAGAUUUUGUGGUUCCUUUUACAGUGCAAGCACAAAGAGAUGGUACUGUUCAUGCAUUUGGUGGAUGGUUUGAUACUUGGUUUACAAGAGAUGGUCAUUCUAUUCCUUUGGAUAGACAAGCACAAAAAGUAGAAGGUGAAGUGUAUAUGACCACAAGUCCAUUUGGUGAAGAUACCCAUUGGAAACAAACCACCUUUGUGCUUGAAAAAAGUAUUCCAGUGAAAGCAGGCGAUCAAAUCUGGGGUCUAUUUACGUGUCAUAAGGGUGAAGAAAACCCAAGAGAAUUAGAAUGUCAAAUUGAAUACACAGUUCAUGGUGAAAAGCACGUACAAUCGUUUUCUUUAUCUUCUUGAAUGUGUUACAUAAUAAAAAUU